AUGCCAUGCUCAUAAGAGAAGAACAGAUUGAAGUGGUAUAAGGUGUGUGAUAUUCAGUAUAUUGUAUCUACUAUCUUAAUCUGAUAGUAGCUGAGAAUUACAAUUACACAUCAAUGUUCAUAAAUUUAUUACAGGAACAGAUCACUAAAAUUGAAGACCAAGUCAGAUUCUAUGCUAAUCUAAUCGAGGCAGCAAUUGAACCUAUCAUAAAUGCAAUUAAGGCCACUGCGUCUGGACUGAAGGAUGCUGCCAACUUCCUUCAAAAAGCAGCCGAUGUAAGACUUAAUCAGUUCCCACUUUGUGCUUUAAGGUGGUUCUAUUCUCAUGUGACAUUGUAAGUUAUUGCAAAAUAUUUUUAAAAUGAAGUGAACUUUGCGUAUGAAAUAUAUCUUUAAAAUUGUAGGAAUAUUAUUUAAUAGGUACAAUAAAAAAAACUUUGGUAAAUCAUUUGAUGCUGAAAAGUUUAUAUUUCUUUCAUAUUAAUAAUAAAUUAAUUGUUGUCAAGGGCAAUAACUCCUGUAUUGGUAUUUUUCUAUUCUAUGUUUAUCAUACGAUUCCCUGAUUUAUAAAUAUCAUAAAGUACCAGUGUUUUCAAACUUAAAAAUUUUGUAAUUUUGAACAGUUUUUAUAUACUUUUCAUUAUAUUGUUUAAUGAUUAUUUGAUGUUGAUAUAUACAGCUGAACUUCAGUAUCUCAAACACCAAAAUCUCAAAUACCAUGGGAUAUGUUGAGGUGUUUUGGAAGUCCCAACCACUUACUCUUUAAGUAUUUUACCCUCAAUAUCUCAAAACCUUGGAUAUCUUGAAGUUUAUUCUCAUGCAGUCCUAUUGAGUUCAAGAUAAUGAGGUUUGACUGUACUUUUGUUUAUCUUUAAAAAGGUGACAACAUAAUAUACAUUUCCUUUGGUUACUGAUUAAACCAAACUAUUUUAAGCUGAAAUUGUCAAUUUUUAUACUUUGAAUCCAUAAUAAUCCAAAGUCACAUGAAGGUGAAAUCACCUUAAGCAUAUAAAUCAAAGAAAUUUUGAAUAUAUCAUUUUGAAUAACAAUUUUUUAAAAAAAUUCAAUAUUUCAAUUUAAAAAUUUCAUUACAUUGCAAAAUAUUGAUGAUGGUACAUGUGAUUUUUACACCUUUGAUCUAGAUAACAUAAAUUUGGUGCUUCUUCAAAGAUAAAGCUCACAAAGACAGCGAAUGUAUGCUUUUCUCUGUUUCUUUCUUGUAAGGCAAUGUUCAAUGACGCCUACGACUCUUGCACCAAGUUCUUCAAAAACGCUUACAAUAAGUGUAAAUCUGCCAUUAACAAGAUCCCAGUCAUAGGAAGUCUCAGGAAGAAGAGGGAUUCCUACGGAGAGUUAGAAGCAGAGGAUGUUACAGUUCAAUGGAGUGAAAGUGAACAUGAGGAGCACAUGAAAUUCUGGGAACAACGGGCAGAGGAAAUCCUGGAGGAGACCUUACAAGAAAGGGGCAUCUUCUAUCCAGAACACAGAUUGCAUGAGAAAGCUCAUUUAAAAGAGAAAUACUACAAUAUGACAAUUCGUAGAUUUAGAAGGGGUCUUGUUUCUCAAAUAUGUGAAAUAGUGAAUAUUGCCGGAGUUGUAUGUAAACCCCUGAAACUCACCGAAAACAUAUGCACACCACUAGAACUACUUUCAGAUGCCCUAAAAUUCCUCGGAAAUUCCGUCGAGAAACUCUACACUGCCAUCAAAAACGCCUUUUACUUUAACAUCAUCAAAAGGUGGUUUGUAAUAGGCCUUAAUGAUCUCAACCAAACAGCAGCAGCCGUGGCGGCAGAAAUUGCAUCACUGUUCAGUUUCAACACCUACAUAAUACAAACCAGCCUUUCCAUCCUCACCCAGUGGACCUCCCUUCUCCUCAUAUUCAUGGUCUUACACAGCGCCAUCUACGUCCAACAUUACCUCACCCAGAUAGAUUACGACAACAAUUACAUCUCUCUCAACUUCAGGCGAUUUGACAGGGAGUGCAGGAGACUCGGAAAACCGUCCAUCUUACCAUUCAAAGAAAACGAAGGUUCACAGUACAUAUUUACAAGUUCCCUUGCUUUGAAUGGGUCAGAAAUCAGGAGAAGCAUUAUGUCUAUCCUUCAGCUGCUGCUUAAUAUGAUUCUAUAUUCUGUUAUUAUAUUCUUUGAUUAUGUUUUAUAUUAUGUUGUUUACCUGGUACAUACCUAUGGUGAUGUUCAAAUUGAUUUUUCGGGUUCAAUAUACAUUCACUUUGGAAUCACUGGUGAUGGCACUAUAGCCCGGAUUCUCCAGAGUUUAGUGAAGUCUAUCACGGUACAGGACAGUUACUACACCACCUACAAUGUCACGGAAUGUCUGCCGUAUCCAUCCUUCCCCGAUAAUAACAACCUCUACGUGAUCCUGGCUUUAAACGGGGGAGUACUAGUCACCAUCAUACUACAAAGUUACUGUUACCGACUCAAACGGGCUUUGUGCGGAUUUUUCUACCAGAAACGAGAGGAGGAGAGAAUUCGUUACCUCCACAACAAAAUCCUACACCACCGAAAAUUCAAACUUAAAGAAAUGAGAUCACGGUUAAAGGACUCCAAACAAGCUAAUGAUGCGGAACGGGCUCUGGCCAAGCUUCCUCUGGUUGGUGGAUUAUUUGGUGGUAACAGCCAAAAGAGGCUUUGCUUGAAUUGUGGAAAGUCGGACAAAGAAGGGCUACAUUUCUACACUUGCUCCAAGCCAAGCUGCUAUGCAGAUUAUUGUGAAGACUGCUUCAAUGAAAUGGGAAGGAAGUGUCUGCUGUGCUCAAAGAGGGGAACUUAUGAGGAGUCAUUAGAAGACGAUUUGUUCUUUUACGAUGACAUCGAAGGAAACAUACACCAUUCAGCCACGUCAGACACAGAACCCCUUCUGCAUGGCACUCAUGAAAAAUUCCAAUUAGAAGGACAAGACAACACUGCUUUCUCGGAUUCAUCGGUCAGUAAUAAACACCUUACAAUGUCCACGCUAUCUACUUCAGGGGAAACAGCUUCAGACAUCAGUCAAAGUCACGCCACACCUCACGGUUCAACAUCUCCUCAUCUGAGGGAUUCACCUUCAACCUCUGAAGGUCAUAUAAAUCAGAGAAGUUCAAUGGCUGAAACUCAUACCAUUAAAAAGGAUUCAGAGUCUCCUCAUCAGAGAGAUUCCACCGCUGAGGGUUCAACGCCUCAUCAGGCAGAAUUACCUCCUGCCUCCAAUUCAAGAUCAAUCCCGGAGUCCCUGAAAGGCCAUAUUACUACUGACGCUUCCAGUACGUCUCAUCAUGAAGAAACACCGAUGUGACAAAAUAAAGUGUUAGGAUAAUUAUUUAGCAAUAUGACACGACAGUCACUGUGUAAGAAAGUAAUAAUAAUAAUAAUAAUAAUGUCCUUUAUUUAAACAGGAUAGCACAAUUAGUUUAAAACUAGUUUACAUUGUGGUCCCGAAAACAUAUAUACAGACAGCAAUCAGUCAAGGAGAAAUACCAGAAAAUAAAUUUUGGUAAUGAAAGUUUAAGGUACUGUACAGUAAUACAUUUAUUAUAGGGAGGUGUAUGAAGCUUUAUCAUAUAUAUGAAUUAUUUUUUCCGCGUGUUCAUACUGUUGACUUCACAGAGCGUGAUCCGACUUUCCGGGUCACCACAAUGUGCUUUUUUGAUUCAAAAUCACCACUCUGAAACUGAUGAUGUCACUUUGAAUCAAUACACAUUUUUGUGGAAAGUAACUGACUGGAAAAAAAAUUGCCAACAAAAAAAAAUAUAUUAACUGUAUAUUAAUUAUUUUUUGCUGACUAGGAAUGAAUUUGUAUUAUCCCAAAUCAAAACAUAUCUUUAAAAAUAUAUGGAGGUGUGUAUAAUAAAUUUGUCAUUUCUACAGUAACUUGAUCCAAAGAGUUGGACCGCGUCUCAUUGACAGGCAUGUAUCAUCCAUCAUAUUGAACUUCAUAAUUAUCAAUUCAACAUAAUAUGGCUCUUUGGAUAUGCUACUCGCCACUAGUAAUAAAUACAAGCUUUUAGAAUGUGCAAUACGUGUGAUAAAUUUCCACUUCAAGCUCCUCUACUCAUAUGUAACAAUUCAAAGUUUUGUGUAUAUAUUUCAAAUAUUAUGUUUUCAUUGAAGAUGUAAUUUUCAUGGUUUCAAAAAACAAAUAUCUUUAAUAGAAUAUAAUUGACACAAUCUUAAUAAUAAUCUUUGUUUUUAUUUAUUUCAUUCUUGUCUGUUAUUAUCAUAAGUACACUGUUUGUAACAUACAAUAAUAAAAGUCUUUUACAUAUAAUGUAAAUUAGUUGACUCUGAUUGGUUGAGAGACAUUUCAUAAAAAAUACUGCCCCCCCCCCCCCCCCAAGUGAUAAAACCACGCCAUCCCCCGUUAUAGAACGCAGCAUUGGUCGAACCAAAAUUACUAGGCAACGGGUGGUUUUACAAAAAAUAUUGACUGUGGAAUUUGUGAGUGUGCAGUUCACAAUCAAACACAUAUGAAGCUUUGUUUAAAGCUUGCCUACUGCAAUAGAUUAUUAUAACAAUAACUACUGUAAGGCCAAUUCAACUUAAUUGAUAGAUUAUCAUCCCCGCCCGCCCCUCAAAAAUUGGCCUGCCCCGAAUUUUUUUAUUUUGCGAAACUUGCGAUUUCCGGAAUAUUUUCAUGUCCGACUCCGGUAUUUACACUUCUUGUUUACAUUUCCGGUAAAGGAACGUGAAGAGUCACUUGAAGAAAAUAGAUUUAUAUCGUUUUCUUAAUUUCUCACGUUUUUACAGACGUAAAUCUUGAAGAAGUUAGGUAUAUUUCUGUUAUAUCCUUAAAUUAAAGCUUAACCUGGAAUUAGUGUGUGAAAAUAGCAUAGAUUGACAUCCAUCUGCAAUUAAAUGAUGUGGAUCUGUUGGGGGAAAAAAUCUUGUUUGUCUUUAAAAUUUUUCUCAGAAAAUAAAAAUUAAAAAAUAAAAUCCUCCCACCCGCCCCAUACUUUUUGCUGACCCUGGAUGAUAAUCUACUAAUUAAGUUGAAUUGGCCUAAACCAAGUUUUAUUCAUGUGCACGAAAUUUUCACGAGAUUCGCAAGAACCUUAUCAUCGUGACAACCUGUUCGUUGAUGUUUCUUGUAUGUUUCAGAUUAUCUUGGUGUCAUGAAAAUUAGUCACCAUGAACCAGUUCCUCACUAGUAAAUCGUGAAAUAAAGUAAUCGCAAAAAGUAAUCACGAAUAAAGUAGUCACAAAUAAAAGUUGGUUUACAGAAUUACAUGUACUUGAGGGCAACACUGGGAAUUGUCACGCCUCGGAAAACCAUUGUCAACCUCGGAUCCAUCUUCAGUGACAAUAAUUUUCUCAGGUUGACAAUUUCCAAUUUUAAUCUCAUUAAUAUAUAUAUAUUCAUAUUGGAAAUCGCAUUUUCCUCUAUGAACCAACCAAUUUCAGCGCGCGACACAAUCUGUUCACAUUGACUAUGAACGAAUUAUGAACUAGCUUAAAGCACGCGACUGAGAGAGCGUAAUGAAUUGAAAAAGAUAGAACAACUGUUACAAAAAUCUCGCAAGUCACACCUUUGGAUUAAGAUUGUAAACUUACGUGGAUUAUCAUCCUAAUCUUGCAGUCUCCUAUCCCCAAAAUACAGUGCACCUUGCAAUGUUGAUAAAAGGCAGGGUGAGACGAAAUGUGACGUCAUGUCUAUGUGUUGACGUAUGUCACAAUAACUACUGUGAUAGAGGCUAGGAGUUCGUUUUAUGCAACAAAAUAGAAGCAAUGUAAACAAAGGGUGAUAUAGUAAAUGAAUAUAAAUAUAAGAAAUGAACAUCACUUUUGAGCUGUUCAUGGUCAAUAUGAACGGAUUUGGAUUUUAGGCAAAUUCUCUGUGAAUCGCGCUAGUGAAUCGCUAGCGCGAUUCACAGAAUUUGCCUCAAAUCCAAAUCCGUUCAUACUGACCAUGAACAGCUCAAAAGUGAUGUUCAUUUCUUAAAUAUAUAUCAUUCAUCCAAGAAAAAUCAAAUUACCUGAUGGGGAUAUGAUUUUCGGAGGGAGAAUAAACUUUCAUAUGCUUCUGAACAUUCACUCAAUAAAUUGUUUAUUACAUGAAACUAAGACUCAAAAUGGUCACAUGUGCGACUCUGAUAGUGUUGGUUCAAAUAAGUGUCUUGACAUUCGAUUGUGAUAUCCCGGUGCUUUGGUUCGAUAUUCUUCAAUGAAUCGGAAGGGAUAGGCUGGAGAAGUCCUGCUGUGGAUCAGAUCACGGGCAGUUCUUUCAUAAAAUCUUAUAUAUGAAGUACACUACUUCACAUAGGUUUAUGAAGUUUUCAUUGAGAUGAUUUUACCAUUUGUUCUAACUACUAGAAAACAAAUUCAAAUAGAUCUUACAGUUAAAAGCACAAUAAAUGAUGCUGAAGGGUAUGCUUGCAAAGACACGAUAUCACUGUUAACCUUCAAAAUACUGUAUAAGUGGAAUUUUUAGCAAGGCUUUAAUCUUGGCAUUACUAGCAAGGGUGUAGAGAUUGAUAAAAUUUAAAUAUCGCUAACAAUUUAUUCCGUAUUGAAGGUAAUAGUUAGCUUUUUUGGAAUUAUAAAGUCACUAAAAUGUGCUCACUAAUUAUAUAUACCCAUAUUUAUGAGAAAAUUGCCAAGUUUGUGUCUCGCUAAAAAUUCCACUAAUACGGUAUAGAAUUGGCUCUAAUUUUCCAGGAAUCAAUGUCGAGUUUGUAGAAUGAGAGUAUUAAUAGAAACAAUGGAUUAAUUGAUUGUAUAUUGUUUAUCCCACUUGAGAAUUUUUCACUCAUAUGGAGACAUAUGAUAUCACUUAGUAUUGCCGGUGAAGGGUUGCAAAACUUAGGCCUCUGCCCGUAGCUUACAGCCUAUGAGCAGGGAGGGAUCUUAAUCGUGCCACAUCUGCUGUAAUACAAAGCCUUGGUUUUUGCAGUCUCAUUGAAGGACACCCCAUUUAGUCACCUCUUACGACAAGCAAGGGGUACUGAGGACCUACUCUAACCCGGCCAAAUCCCCAUGGGAGUAAAAACAAUGGACGCAUGUGCAUAAUUUGUUUAAUGCAAAAAGCACUACCCUACUUCCCUCAAGAAUAUAAGUCAAGUUAAAGGUCAGUGCUUUAUUAACAAGAUACAAUAAAAAGCAUACCAAUCUUACUUGUAAAACACAAUAUAUUAGCAUGCAUGCAUAAGGGUACCUCUGCCUUUUACUUCAAAAUUGAUCAUCAUAAAAUAUAGAGUAGAUAUACAUUUAAAAAUUGUCUUAUUUUCUUUUCUACAGAUCAUGAUAUUUUCACAGGUAAUUCAAAAUCUUUCAUCUGGAUAAAUAAACAAUCUUUGGUAUUUUAUUUGCUGUUUUCUCAAAUAGACGAUCGAGGCAUACAUGUAGUCAUGCAACAUUAAAGCAGAUUUCUUCCUUGACUGCUACAACAAAUUAUUUUUUCGUAUUACAAAUCAAAUCCACUCAUCAUAUUUCUGUUGGGGAAUGACCCAAUAGAAGACCAUAUAACACCUUCCCACACACAAAGCAUGAUAUCUAACCCAAUAUGAAAAGGGAAACAACUCCUCUGUUCUUAACACGAAACUGCUGUAUUAUAAACUGACUACUGAAUUGUUAAGUACUGUUGAAAAGCAUGUACAUCUUAUGAUUAUCAGGAUAAUGAUGUAGCCAUUUCAAAUGAGGACUGCCUUAGACAACUCUCUAGAGAUAUGUAAUCUGCUCUUUCACUGAGAGUUGAUCCUACGAGUAGGAAUUAUAUUUUAAUGUUUUGAACUUGAACAUUGCCGAAUUCUUUUCUUUUGUCUUUACUUAUAAUAUUAAUUAACAUAAUCAGUGUCAGAACAAGAAUGCGAGCUUCAGUUUGUGAUAAGUAGUUUAUAUACCUUUAGUUAAUAAAUCUGUCUUGUGUUACAAAGACAAAUUAUGCAAUGGUUAAUAAACGUUAUAUCAUAUUAUGUGACAUAGGUGUAACAUUGAUGUCAAUCUUGUAUUCAUUUUUCUCUGUUAUAUGAUGCUUCAUUAAAAUCAAAUUAACGGCUUACCUGUCCUAAUUAUCAUGUCCAUACCCAUAACACAGCUGAGAGUGAACCAAUCUAUAAUCAUGGAGAUCUACUCCAAAGGGC